AUGUUGUUAAGCAAAAAUAAAAAAAAAAAAAAAAAUAAAAAAAACUUGGCUAUAAAAGCCUGCAGCAGCAAACAUCUCAGUUUAGUUUGAAUUAAAUUUCUUCUGAUAAACAAAUUCAAAAUGCAAAAACUUAUUACCCUUUGCAGUCUGUUCGCAGUUGUUGCUGUCGUAUGCAGUGUGGAACAAGUUAAGGAGCCAGUUAAGAUUUUAAGACAAGAAUCUGUCAAAAAUGAAGACGGUUCUUACACCUACUUGCUAGAGACUGAUGAUGGAUACUUCAAGGAGGAAUCCGGUGUUGUUAUUAACCCAGGAUCUGAGGACCCUAAAGUCAGGGUUAGUGGAAACUAUCAUUAUGUUGAUGCCGCUACCGGUGAAGUUGUGAGUGUUGAAUAUACCGCCGAUGAAAAUGGAUUCUAUCCAAGUGGAAGUCAUAUUGCUAAGGAAAUCACUGAUGCCGCUUUGAAGUCAAAGGAUAACCCAAGGGAACCUCAACCACAAUACCAGCAAUUCAAACAGCCAGCACAAUUGCCAAAGAGGAAGCAGUUCUAAGUAUUUGAUGAUUUUCUGAAAGGAAAAGUGUGGAGUUAAGUUGCAUAAUGAUUUGUUAAGUUUGACUGAGACUUUUAUUUAAGUUUCAAAAUGUGUAAAUAUAAAUGAUGAAAAUAUGUUGAAAA